CUAUCGUGUAGCUGUAGCGGCGUGCAUAAUUUAUUUAUUGAUAACGUUCGCAACUCGCGUGGAGUGCUGACUGGCGGGCGAGUACGCCUACCGCCGACACCGGUUAUCUCCUUAGCCUUUAUCGCUGGUCUACAGAAUGUAAAAUAUACAUAAUUUUACAUAUUGUAAUGAUGUUAAGCAAAGUGCAAUACUGCAGAAUUUUAUUUUUAUUGCUCGAAUGAUGGAGAUCUAACACUGUCCAGAAAAAAAUAACAAUACGGCAGCGGACGUGUGUAGUGCAUCACGUAAUACGAUAAUACGAGGACGCGCGCGCCGACCGACCGGUGGUGUGCAUAGAGAGUGUGUGUGUGUGUGUGUGUGUGUGUGUACGUGUGUCGUGUGUGUUCGCGUGUGUGUACUGUGCAUGUGUGAGUGAGAGCCGUACUGCCUUGGUGCCGUGUGCGUGCGUGUUUGCCGUGUGCGUCCGUGUCCGUCGCGUACGUUCCGCAAACUUUUUGAAUAAUUCACGACGCCAGCACACCGUAGGCGGUAUUUUUCGUCAUCGUCGUGUCGUCGUCGACAGAGAAGUCAGGACCCGGCGCGCGGGCUGCUCAGAGCGACGACGACUACCCACACACACGUCGCGAAUACCGCUUUUCGGAAGGCACACUCGACCGUAUUCUCCGAUCAUAUUUCGGGAGUUCUGAGCACCAAGUCCGUGUUCCAUCAGCACGAGAUCCUAUCCAUGUCGCUCUGCGUCCACCGGCGCCAACGUCACCACAACCACUGAUCGUACUCGUAGAAGAACAAACGAAAGCGGCCGCGGAACAUGUCUGUGGCCGUUUUGACUGCAAUCGCGGUUUUCAUCAUCGCCGUGUUUCGUAUGCUCAACGUAUCCAGCCAACCUCAAAAACCAUCCUUCUUUUGCAGGGACAAACAGUUCCUCAACAGAGUCCUCAAAUUCGCACCCCAACUUGAGGAGCCAUAUGUACCAACUAGAUUGUGGGGAUUCAGUGGUCAUGUUCAAACUAUUUUGUACAGUGUUUUUGGUAGAGUGAGGUGCCCAUGUCCUAAAGGAGACAGAAGAUUCUUAAUUCUCGACGAUGGAACUACUCUUACAUAUGAUCUGUUUAAGCCAACUUUGAAUGAACCAGAACUAGAGGGCAUUACUGUAGUUAUAGUUCCUGGAAUUUGCAACUCUUCAGAGAGUGAUUAUAUUCGAACAUUUGUUAAUUAUACUCAAAACCAAGGCUAUAGAUGUGCAGUUCUUAACCAUGUGGGAGCUUUGCAUAAUGUACCUGUCACUGCUUCUAGAAUAUUCACAUAUGGUCAUACAGAUGAUCUUCAUGUAAUGCUUUGCAAUUUAUCAGAACAUUAUCCAAAUACCAAAAUUAUAAUUAUUGGAUAUAGUAUGGGUGGUAACUUGGUUACUAAAUACCUUGGAGAAUCUCGUCAUAAUAGACCAAGUAGUGUUAUUGCUGGAGUAUCCAUAUGUCAACCAUAUGAUGCAUUGAAGGCUACUGGUGUUUUAUUACAUUGGCAAAACUUCCGAAGACUUUAUUUGUACGCAUUAACAGAAGCAAUCAAAGCUUUAAUUUUGAAACAUAGAAGUAAACUAUUGGCUGAUGACAUUAAAGAACAAUAUUCAUUAAUUGAAAAAGAUAUAAUAUCUGCUGCUACAUUACCAGAACUUGAUGACGCUUAUACCAGAAAAGUCAAUAAUUUUAAAAACCUUCAUGAGUUUUAUCGAUGGUCGAGUUGCUUGCAUUACAUAAACAAUGUAAAAACACCAAUGAUAUUUAUUAAUUCAAGAGAUGAUCCAUUGGUGCCAGAAGAUUUAUUAAUACCUAUUCAAAAUUUUGCAAAAUCAAAAGACAAUAUAUUGUAUAUGGAACUGAUGCAUGGUGGUCACCUUGGAUUCUUUGAAGGCGGAUUUAUGUAUCCUAAUCCUAUAGCAUGGUUGGAUCGGACCUUGGUAACAUUAUUACCGGGACUCAGAGAACAUUGUCUUGAUGAUAUGAAAAAAACAGCAGUUUACUGAAUUCAUCAUUCACUAUAUACAAGUUUAUGUAUAUGUAUUUAUACUAUGCUGGAAAUAGGAUUUGUAUCAUUAUUUAUUACACUACUAUUGAUGUAAUACCUGAUCUAUUAUAGAAUAGAUUAAAUAGUAGAUAGUUUCAAGAAAUUAUGUGUUUGAGAAUAUAUUUCUUAAAUUUCAAAUUGAACCACUUAAAAUAAGCAAAAGUAGUGCAAUAAACCCUACUAUUUAUUUAGCUUGUUAUUUGAG